AUGAUACGUACUGCUGUGGCUGUUGUGUUUCAUGUGAAUCAGUCCACUAAUAUUGGACGUUAUUUUGAACUGCCCAUGGGAAUUGGACGCAAUAAACGGGAAGUUUUCUCUUAUAUUGAAUCCAAGCUAAUUGGUCGACUGAGUGGUUGGAAUAAGAAGAUUCUGUCGAGAGCCGGUAAAGAAGUCCUUCUGAAAAGUGUAGCUCAAGCCUUACCUACAUAUUAUAUGAGCAUUUAUUACCUACCGGUUACGCUUUGUGAGCGGAUUGAAAGGGUAAUGAAUAAGUUUUGGUGGGGCACUAGUGGUGGAAGUAAUGGUAUACGAUGGAUGGCUUGGAACAGAAUGUGCACACAGAAGUCGCAAGGAGGCCUUGGUUUUAAAGUGCUAAGUCGGUUUAAUGUGGCCAUCUUGGCUAAGCAAGGAUGGAGACUUAUGACUAAUCCUACAUCCUUGGCUGCCAAACUAUAUAAGGCGAGGUACUACCCCCACGAUGAUUUCCUGGAUGCGAAAAUUGGUGCAAAUCCAAGUUACUGUUGGAGGUCAAUACUAGCCGGUCAAGAGGUUCUGCGAAUGGGUUCUUAUCGAAGGAUCGGUAAUGGUCAUGAUACGUGUGUUUGGCGGCAUGCUUGGCUUCCAGAUGAGAGCUUUCCCUAUGUUCAAACUCCGGCUCCUGAAUUUAAUCAGAAUAUGAAAGUAAGUGAGCUUAUUGAUCCUCUUUCGCAUUAUUGGAAUAGGGAGUUGUUGAACAAUGUGUUUAUACUGUAA